UUUUCCAUUUGACCCAAAAAAAAAUUAUAUUUAAUAGUUAUAUAUUUCCCAUCGCACGGAGAUUGGAACAAAGAAACCGCCGUCGCCGGAUCUGGUAGUGAGCGUAGAUGAAGAACUACUUUCCGAUCUUAUAACCUUGUUUGUAUAUAUAUAAGAUUCGCCCUCAGUUUUUGAUCUCAAGGGUCGGCUUUACUUUUUUUUUCUUUCUUUUGGUGGUUUUUUUUUUUGCGUUUUUCCCAUUUUCGACGGUCUCUGGAUUGGGAUUUCAAUACCAUGAGGAAGAAGCUCGAUACUCGCUUCCCAGCUGCUCGUAUUAAAAAGAUUAUGCAAGCUGAUGAGGAUGUUGGCAAGAUAGCUUUGGCAGUGCCUGUCUUAGUCUCAAAGUCUUUGGAAUUGUUCUUGCAAGACCUUUGUGAUCGUACGUAUGAGAUUACCCUUGAAAGAGGAGCCAAGACCGUCAGCUCAUUGCACCUAAAACAUUGUGUGGAAAGAUAUAACGUGUUUGAUUUUCUGAGGGAAGUUGUGAGUAAGGUGCCUGACUAUGGUCAUUCGCAAGGGCAAGGGCAAGGGCAAGGGCAAGGCCAUGGUGAUGUUACCAUGGAUGAUCGCAGCAUCUCCAAGAGAAGGAAGCCCAUCAGUGACGAAGUGAAUGACAGCGACGAAGAAUAUAAGAAGAGCAAAACGCAAGAGAUGGGGAAUGCUAAGCCCAGUGGCAGGGGUGGUAGAGGAAGAGGGCGGGGAAGAGGUCGUGGUGGACGAGCUGCAAGAGCAGCCGAAAGAGAGGGACUCAACCGCGACAUGGAACUAGAAACCGCCAUAGCGGGACAGCCACCUCCAGAAGACAGUAUUAAGAUGCAUCCAUCAGAGUCAUCACCACAAGAGAAUGAGAAGAAAGACCUUGAUGUCUCAGCAGCAUCUAACGAAGACACCAAGCAACACCUUCAAAGUCCAAAAGAAGGCAUCGACUUUGAUCUCAACUCUGAAUCUCUUGACCUAAAUGAGACCAAACUGGCACCAGCCACAGGCACAACAAGCAGCGUAGCCACAGCCCCAGAGGAAUAUUCGGGAUGGCCUAUGAUGGAUAUUGGCAAAUUGGAUCCAGCACAGCUUGCCAGUCUGGGUAAGAAGAUAGACGAGGAUGAAGAAGAUUAUGACGAAGAAGGCUAAGGCAUGGCAGUACCAUAGGAUAUAUAGAGUAGCAACGUUUAGCGGUUUGUUUAGAAAAUGCUUCCUUCCUUCUGUCGUCAAAAUCUUCGUCCUUGCUUCCAUUUAUUGUAUGAACCAAAGAUUGUAUGCGCUUUAUGAAACUUCUUAAUUUAUUAUCCUGAUAUGUUAUUUAA